CUCCCGCCGGGCACCUCGGGGCCAGCGGCGCCGCAGCCUGGGCCGGCCGAGCUUCGCCGCUCCGGCUCGCGCCCCGCCGGCCUGUCGCCGAGUCGGCGUUGCGGGCGGCCCGGCUCUGCUCGGGAUUGCUGUGCUACGCCUUGUAUGACAAAAGUCCUCUCACCAAGAAUACUUUUGCCUUGACACCUGUGGACGGUCAGACUGUAAAAACACUUUGCUAAGGAGUGCUAAAGUGGCAAUGAAACAGCCCAACAGAAAGAGGAAGCUUAGUAUGGAUUCCAAAGAGCAUUUGAAUCAGGAUGGAUGCUUGGAGCAAGCUGAGGAAGAAAAGAAGCCCAGGGAUGGUGCCACCCCAUUGAGUCACGUCCCCUCAGUGGCUGCACAGGAAGCUUGGUCUUGGGAGCAGUACUUGACAGAACAGAAGGCUAUAGCGGCACCCGUGGAACUGUUUUCCAAGGACCAAUCCUUUCCGGAGCACGAAAAUGGUUUUCAGGUUGGAAUGAGAUUAGAAGGCAUUGACCCCCGACAUCCAUCUGUAUUCUGUGUACUGUCUGUAGCUGAGGUGUGUGGUUACCGCCUAAGACUUCAUUUUGAUGGUUAUUUAAGCUGCUACGAUUUUUGGACCAAUGCUGGUUCCCCUGACAUUCAUCCAGUAGGGUGGUGUGAAAAGACCAAACAUGAAUUGCACAUCCCUAAGGGUUAUAGAAAAGAUAAAUUUGUUUGGAUGGAUUACUUGAAGGCCUGCAAAUUGCAAAAUGCUCCCAAGAAAUUAUUCAGAAACCGGAGUUCUAAUGGGCCAAUGCCUAAAGAAUUUCAGGUUGGAAUGAAGCUGGAGGCCGUCGACAGGAAGAACCCUUCCUUGGUGUGUGUGGCAACCAUAGCAGAUAUUGUUGAAGAUCGCUUACUAGUGCAUUUUGACAAUUGGGAUGAUAGUUACGAUUACUGGUGUGAUGUAAAUAGCCCUUAUGUCCAGCCAGUUGGUUGGUGUCAGGAGAAUGGAAGAACUCUGAUAGCACCCCAAGGUUAUCCUGAUCCAGAAAAUUUUUCCUGGACAGAAUAUCUGGAAGCUACUCAAACUAAUGCUGUUCCUGCCAAAGUUUUUAAAAUGCGGCCACCCCACGGUUUUCUGCCCAGCAUGAGGCUUGAAGCGGUGGACAGACGGAACCCCAGGCUAAUUCGCGUGGCUACAGUCAUCGAUGUGGAUGAGCAGCGGUUAAAGGUUCAUUUUGAUGGCUGGGACCACAAAUAUGACUACUGGAUGGAUGCAGACAGCCCUGACAUCCACCCAAUUGGAUGGUGUGACAUAACAGGGCAUCCCCUGGAAGUACCAUAUCGAGCAAAUGAUGUGAAAAUCCUUCCAGGUCAAGCUGUUUGUCCUACUCCAGGGUGCCGAGGAAUAGGCCAUAUCCGUGGUCCACGGUAUUCAGGACAUCACAGUGCUUUUGGCUGCCCGUAUUCCGACAUGAACUUGAAAAAGGAGGCAACUCUUCAUGACCGUCUGCGAGAACAGACACAGGCAAAUUUGGAAUCUGACUCUUCACAUUCAAGAUCAAAGAACCUCUGUAGUUUGAACUUCAACGGAAAACACGAGAAGGUGAACAGUCAGCCCAGACUUGUACAGCAGGCAAAGUGUUUGAAAAUCAAAGGAAAAGAAGAUAUUGACUUGGAUAAUCUCUUCAGAGCAUUAUUCUAGGCAUGGCGGAGACCACAGUGAACAAGAGCAAAGCUGGUCUCAGCUGUCAUGGAGCCCACCGUCUGGUGAGAGUGACUGACACCAAGCCGGGGAAGGUUACAGCUGAAGUAAGUGCCCGGAAAGAGCAGCAUGGGGUGCCAGAGGGUCAGAGAGGCUUCUCUGAGGGAGUGACACGGGGUCCACUUCUGAAGGGUACGGACACAUGGAGUGGACAUCAAGGGAAGCGCAGAGGCAGAGGGCAAGGGGAGAAAAGAAGGACAUUUGCUGAGUGUUUCCAUGAGCUGACAGUAUGAGUACCGUGUGUGUUAUUUAUUUCAAUGAUCUGAUAUGAUAGUCUUAAUCUGAUGUUGAGGGUACUGCUUUUCACCCUGUUUUACCCAGAGGAAACCAAGGUACAGGAAUUACGUCGUGUACCCUUGGUCCCGCUGUUAAAGAUGAUGGAGCCAGGGUUUGAACCCAGGUCUUACUGUAGAGCCUACACCCUGGGCCACCACCCCGUUCACCUCCUAACACGAGCAGACGCUUACAGGGGCUAGAGCGACGGUGAUGUGUGCAUCAGUCUGUUCGCCAAAAAGAUCAACAUGAAGACUCAGGCCGGCUCAGGGGUCAUUCAUUCAGCCCAUUGCUCCACACUAACACGCGUGAUGCUGUAAAGAUGGGUUUGUGAGAGGCUUCUGUGGGAAAGAUGUUGUCACUAAAUAGGCAAGCUCACGAGAGCACUGAGAGCCUGUCUGCAAGGAAGGGAAAGAAGCAGACGCGGUGCCUGCCAGCAGCCCCAGUCACACUGGCAAGACAUGUGAGGAGUACAGAGCUUCCCUGGGCCCGGUGAGUUGGACUCUGCAAUGGCAUUUGCAUGCCAUGAUUCCUCCUUCAGUCACCUCUCAGAUAACAGUGAGUUCAUCUGCCCAUAUUGUACAUAGCGUGUGGACAUCGUUGAGGUGUGCCCUCUGGACCGGGAGCUCGUAGGCCGGGAAUCUUUGCUUAUUUCUGUAUCUUCUGGGCCUGGCCUCACGCCAGUCCUGCAGUGAACACUCAGUACUGAAUGAAAUUUGUAGCGUUUCUGGAGCCAAGUCCCUUGCGCCUUUCUCUAUAGAGUAUUUAUUGCCUUAUUGAAUUUAUAUUUCAGCUAUGCAAGCAGUUGUUUUACUAAUACACAUAGAUUACAAAUGUCUUAAUUAUCUCAGCAUUGUAUGUAUAUGUUUUAAUGUUUGUUUGUUUAUUUAUUUAUUUAUUUUUGAGGGGGGAGGGCAGUGAAAGAGGGAGACACGAGGUUCCAAAGCAGGCUCCGCACUGACCGCAGACACCUCAACGUGGGGCUCGAACCCACAAACUGUGAGAUGAUGACCUGAGCCAAAUUGAGACAUUUAACCAACUGAACCACCCAGGCGCCCCUCAGUCUAAUACAUUUUAAAGAGCCAACACCGGCUGGAAAUCUGUGAGACAUCUCCCUCUACCACUUAAAAAUAGGAAGACAUAAGAAACAAGAGCAGGGUAAUAAUCACGUGUUCAAACACUGGACUUGUUCUUCCAGAUAUUCAAUUUGUUGUGGAGAGAAUAAGUUGACAGAACAUUCUGUUGGAAUUCUGUGAGUUGUAAAUGGAUUCUGCCUGGCCAUCUAGUGCGCACUGUAGUUUAGAGAUCUGUGGCAUUCAAUUUGCAUAGCCCAAUUUCAGGCCAUUGCGGUACAUUUUCCAGUUUGUUGACUUGUUCUUUCUCUAAAAACUAACAAUGUCAGAAUUCUUUAUGCCCAUUAGCCUACUUACUCACUGAAUCUUGAAACAGAAAAUUCUUCACCAUUGGCAAAGUAAGAGCCAGCUAUUUGCAAAACUUAAAUCGAGACUCUCUCUGUUACCACAGACGGUUAGAUGGGAAAAAAUACAUAUGAAUUUUGUAACUCACUGCCCUUUCAGCUGCAAACAAGGAUAUUUGACCUUUUUUUGCCAUUUGCUUAAAUGUCUGGAAACUGAUAUUUAUUAUACCACAAGAGGCAUAUAAAGUACAGUAAGCCCUGUUGUUCACUGUGACUAGUAUCUGGCAGGGAGCAGGCACUGAUUCAUAUUUAUUGUAAUCCAGCAUAUUGGUUAAUACAAUAUAUUGAUCCAAUAUAUGUCAACUGCCAUCUUCUGAAAACUGCAAUUAAUUUCAUAUUGAAAAUACGUUGAACAUAUUUUAUUGCUUUAUGAUUCAAAAAGUACUCCACAGAUUUCCUAAACUUCUGAGCCAUUGUUUUAACAUCACUUGAAGUUGUAUUGAUUGAUGCAAUGGUGCCAGUUGACAGAAAUUUCCGAUCGAUAAUAUGCUUUCAGCACCCAUCUGUAUGUGUAAUUUUCAAAUUAAAGAAAAAAAUGCUUAUGAAAUUGAGUUAAAAGCAGUAUUUUAGUCAUUACCAAGGGUUUUCUCUAAGUUCUUAGUAAGUCUUUGGAACUACCUCCAAUUGCUUUGCAAAGAACUCCAAAAGAGACAUUUUAUAAUUGAGCAAUGCGAUAACAGAGAACCGGCGAGGGAAGCCCGUCAGUAAUCAAGCACAGAGCUCAGUGGCCAAAAAUGUGCCAUGAGUGCUUAAUGAGACAGAAUAGCUAACUGAUUAGAAAUGUUGCAAGACCCCGCUGGUGCCGGCAUGGCCGCUCCCAUGGCCAUAACUGCUACUUUCAGUCGUCCCUGCUGUUGAUGCGCAUCCUGCAAAGCCAGGAAUUUUUAAUGCAAUAUACUGAAAGCCAGUGCUGGCAAAUAGGGCAUUUAUGAUGCCAGGGUCCGUUGACAGAGCACGGUACCCCUCAAGAUACCUUUCAUCAGCACGGGUACUGCGUGCUUAAGACUCCCAACAAAACGCAGGGGAGCUGGUGGCAUCCCAGGGCAAAGGUCAGAGUCUCCAUCAAAGUUACAGAGUAAAUUCCAUCCACUUAGGAAAUUUUCAAGAAAUGGCCAAAUUCAUCCACCGAAUCUGCCCUACCAAGGAAAUGCAACAGGAUUUCUACCCAGUUCUUGAAUGAAUGAAGAUACAGAUGCGGACUGUGAUGGGCUUACUGGCAUCUCAUUGCACCAGGGCCCGCAGGGUUUUAAUGAGAAUGCUUCCACCCGGGCAGCCAAACUAGAUGGGCACUGCAUAUUCUUGACUUGUUUGGGGAUUGAAGAUGCAGUGAGAAUAAGUGCAGGAGGAGCCCGCAGAGGACCUCUGUGCGGUGUGGGAGGCUGAGAAAGAGCCCCAGGAUCCACACUGAGGGCUCUCACAGCCGAACCCUGACCCUCCAAGCGGCUGCUACCAUUACCUUUCGCGUGUGCUUCCCCCAGACACAUGGAGCAGGAAGGAAAACUAAUUUCAGAGCAAUAGAAGGAGACCAAAUAGGUUACCAACUUGUUGAUGUCACCCGUUCAUUAUUCUUUGAUAUACAGCAUCUUCAGAAAACUGCUAAGGAUGUAAGAGCAAAUCAGUACAUGUUCCGCAGCAAAAUUUGCUUAAAAAAUUUUUUUUCCCAUUAUGAGCAGAUCACCUGCUGGGAAAAAAAAAAAUCUUCUAUUUUCCCUCCUUCUCUCCAGAACUCAUUUCAGACCCAUGUU